ACUGAAUGGUAACAAAGACUGUAGAGUGUUGUUGGUACUGCAGUGAGAGGCAUGCUUCUUUAGACCAGGUAACAUUUCAUUUGUUGCAUUUCCAGUUUCCAGCACCAACUCACCAACAAAGAUUUUACCAAAAACUUUAGGACCAAUAAAUGUGAAUGUUGGACCCCAAAUGAUUAUAAGCACACCACAGAGACUAACCAGUUCAGGAAGUGUUCUGAUUGGGAGUCCAUAUACCCCUGCACCAGCAAUGGUUACUCAGACACACAUAGCAGAAGCUACUGGUUGGGUCCCAGGUGAUAGGAAACGGGCUAGAGAAUUUAUAGACUCUGAUUUUUCAGAAAGUAAACGAAGCAAAAAAGGAGAUAAAAAUGGAAAAGGCUUGAGACAUUUUUCAAUGAAAGUGUGUGAGAAAGUUCAGCGGAAAGGUACAACAUCAUAUAAUGAAGUAGCUGAUGAGCUGGUGUCCGAGUUCACCAAUUCAAAUAACCAUUUGGCAGCUGAUUCGCAGGCUUAUGACCAGAAGAACAUUAGGCGAAGAGUUUAUGAUGCUUUAAAUGUGCUAAUGGCAAUGAACAUAAUUUCAAAGGAAAAAAAAGAAAUCAAGUGGAUUGGCCUACCUACCAAUUCUGCUCAGGAAUGUCAAAACCUGGAGAUAGAGAAGCAGAGGCGGAUGGAACGGAUAAAGCAGAAGCGGGCCCAGCUGCAGGAACUGCUCCUUCAGCAAAUCGCUUUCAAAAACCUGGUGCAGAGAAAUCGGCGAAAUGAACAGCAGAACCAGGGCCCUCCAGCUCUGAACUCGACCAUUCAGCUGCCAUUUAUAAUCAUCAACACAAGCAGGAAAACAGUCAUAGACUGCAGCAUCUCCAGUGACAAGUUUGAAUAUCUUUUUAAUUUUGACAACACCUUUGAGAUCCAUGACGACAUAGAAGUGCUGAAGCGGAUGGGGAUGUCCUUUGGCCUGGAAUCAGGCAAGUGCUCUCUGGAGGAUCUGAAACUUGCUAAAUCGCUGGUGCCAAAGGCUCUAGAAGGUUAUAUCACAGAUAUCUCCACAGGACCUGCCUGGUUAAAUCAGGGGCUACUCUUGAACUCUACCCAGUCAGUUUCAAAUUUAGACCUGACCACUGGUGCCACCUUGUCCCAAUCAAGUGUAAACCAAGGGUUAUGCUUGGAUGCUGAAGUGGCCUUAGCAACGGGGCAGUUCCUUGCCCCAAACAGUCACCAGUCCAGCAGUGCGGCCUCUCACUGCUCUGAGUCCCGAGGUGAGACCCCCUGUUCGUUCAACGACGACGAUGAGGAAGAUGACGAGGAAGAUUCCUCCUCCCCAGAAUAAAGACAGGAGAAGACCCACGUUUUAGUAUUGAUGCUCAUGUGUGUUUUUAGUGUGAGCUCUUGUUUUUGAAAUGACUGCUUCAGUCCUUGCCUUUGUUUGCACUGUGUGUUCAGUGAAAACUAGGGAAACACAAUAAGCAAAUCACACGAAGGCUGAGAUGAUAGAGAUGAAGGUUACCAUAGCGUGAAUGAGAACUCGGAACAACGGAGCAUAGAUCACACCGCAAACAAAGCGUGUUUUCUGAGGUGAUAGAGGGGAUGGUCCCUGAAGAACUGGCAGCAUGAGUGAAGCUCAGUUUUCUCUCGUGAGGGGGAGCAUUGCGUCCCCCCGCAUGUAACCCUUCGUAGAGUUGAGAUUGCUCCCGUGAACAGUUCUGGGUGGUCUGGGUUCUCGUGUUCUCUCCCUUGCCUGGGUCGCCUUUACAAGGCGGAGAUGCCCCUGAACAGUUCCUAGUGGGGGAGUUGUACAGGGUGGGUGUAGGUGGCGAUCCUUGUGGGCAAAGGAGCACAGAUUAAACUGCUGAACUAGUUGAAAGUCUAGUCGAGGUGCUUUACGCAUCAGCUGCCUUAGACAGCUUCUAGAAAGGAGCGAGCGCUACUUCUUAAGUACUUAAGUGACAUUUAGAAUAAUUUAUAGUAAAACUGAAAUUAUCAUUAUUAGCCAAUGCAGUGGUGCAUAGAAUUUUCUAGGGCUACUUCUGGAAGCCAAAAUAGAAUAGCAUUUCCACGUGCAUUAAAUACUUUGCCAGCACUGCCUUUCGCCAGCAUUCUAAAUCUGGAGUUUUACAGAGAAGGAACUUGUAUCUAUAGUUUUAAUCAAAGCUAUGCAUUUCUUACAGCUUUAUCAUUUAAAACAAAAACAAAAAAAUUCCUAUGACCGAAUUGCUUGCUUACAGUUCCCUGCAGUAAUUGUAUGAUUUCACCUAGUGUGCAAUUUGUGAAAAUGAACCAAAUGUCAUUACUCUUGUCUUAAAAGUCUAUUUCAAGAACCUGAACAGCAAUGUUUUCCUGUACAUGUCAUCUUUUGUACAUUUUCAUUAAUCAAAAUGACCUUAUUGGGUUUAUUCCUGGGUAAAUUGCAUUUCAGACUAACUCGAUAUUGAGUGUUUCA